AUGGAAAAAGAGACUGAAUUGCUCAAUAAAUCAAUCGAAACAAAUGAAUGGCAUUCUAAUGAUAGUUUAGGUUUAUCAUCUACCAGUAGUAGUUCAAGCAGCAGUGAUUCUAGUACUUCAGCAUUGGAAGAUAGCAAAUAUGAUUUGGCAGAUAGUGACACAGAAGAUCCUCCAAGUGUAUUACUUAAACAAAAACCAAAGCACAAAUGGUUUCUUACUCCAGAAAUAAUAAAUAGACAAAUUGGAUGUUCGAAUACAAAACAAGGGCCGGAACUUUUUCAACAAAGAAUGUAUGGAUCAUUACACUCCGUUCAAAGACUUGAACUUAUGUAUAAGCUCAAAUAUCAUAGUGGAUGUGUAAAUUCGUUAAAUUUUAAUUCAUCUGGAACAUUAUUGGCUAGUGGUUCUGAUGACUUGCAAAUAUGUUUAUGGGAUUGGCCUCUAGGAAAAUUAUUAACUUCUUUUGUUACUGGUCACAAAAGUAAUGUAUUUCAGGCUAAAUUUUUGCCUUUAGUGGGAGACACUCACAUGGUCACUUGUGCCAGAGAUGGUCAAAUCAGACUUGUUGAACUUGGAAGUAGUGGUGAACUUCGAGGUUCAAGAAAAUUGGCUCAACAUCGCGGUCCAGCUCAUAAAUUAGCAACUCAAAAUGAAAUGCCUCAUGUCUUCCUUAGUUGCGGGGAAGAUGCCCUUGUUAUGAGUCUCGAUGUACGUCAAUCGAAACCAGCUAAAGUUUUAUUCGUCAAAGAAGGCGCCAAAAAAGUUUCUCUUUAUUCUGUACAUUCAAAUCCGUUGAAUAAUCGGGAUUUUGUAGUUUCCGGAAGGGAUAAUUAUUUAAGAAUAUAUGAUCAAAGAAACACAUCAUCUCCCAAAAGUAAAUUUUGCCCGCAACAUUUAAUAGUGAAAGAGCCAUAUCCUCACGUAACGUGUGCUGUAUAUAAUUAUAAUGGAACUGAAAUAGUUGCCUCGUAUAAUGACGAAGACAUAUAUUUAUUUGACACAAGACAUUCAGAUGGCUGUGAUUUUGUACACCGUUAUCAAGGGCAUAGGAACAGUGCUACCGUUAAAGGUGUAAAUUUUUUCGGUCCCAAAUCUGAAUUUAUUGUUUCUGGCUCGGACUGUGGAAACAUUUUCUUUUGGGAAAGAGAGACUGAAGCUAUUGUUCAAUGGAUGGCUGGAGAUGAAAACGGUGUCGUUAAUUGUUUGGAACCUCAUCCUGAAAUACCCGUUUUGGCUACAAGUGGGCUCGACGAAGAUGUCAAAAUUUGGGUGCCUUCUUGUGAACAGGAGCCUACUUUGGAAGGUUUAAAAAAAACUGUGAUAACUAAUUUAAAAGGUCGUCAUGCGGAUCCUUCUCGUAGUUCUGAUGCUUUGGAUGGACAAAUGUUAUGGAUAUUAUGGCGGCACAUUAGACGCACUGAUAGACGCGCGAGACAAGAAAGAGAGCAAGCGAGAAAUAGAGCUGGUUGCGGAGAUUCAAGAGACGUAAAUAGCAGUGCAGAAAGUUCACCCGAUUCGGAUAACGAUGAAGAUUUAGGUACUCAAGGAAGAAGAUUGCAAUGUUCACCAUCUUAG